AGGAUCUGAUCUGGCGGAACUUGGCGAAAAUGCAACAGCGUUUCGGAAAAGAGUACCAAAUCACACCGCAAGGCUACAUUCUGCCUAAGGCAUUCCUUGCCUGGGAUGCUGCUAGAUUGCGCCAAUCAGAUGCGCUGUGGAUUUGGAAGCCGUGCAGCCAAAGCUGUGGCAGAGGCAUUACCAUCUUCAGCUCUGACGUGCCGGAGGAUCAACUGCGUGACUUGGCCAAGAAGCGUGGCAUCGUUCAACGGUACAUCCCGAAUCCACUUCUUAUCGGCGGCCGCAAGUUUGAUUUGCGCAUCUAUGUGGUGGUUCUGUCGUAUGACCCACUCAAGAUCUAUGUGAAUUAUGAAGGGCUAGUGCGUUUUGCAACCGAGCUGUACUCGGAGUCAGUCGAGACUUUGCAAUCCAGGAUGAUGCACCUCACCAACUAUUCUGUGAACAAGCAGAACCCAGCUUUCGUUCAGAACCUGGACGGGCAAGGAGAGGAGGACAAGGAAGAUGCUGCCGUUGAUGAAAGUGGACAGCCCAGAGCCUCAAAAUGGUCUCUCAGUGAACUUCGGAUUCAUUUUGCUCGGGAAGGCCUGGACUUCGGAGCUUUGUGGGAAGCGAUGAAGGACCUGGUCAUCAAAACCCUAAUCGCUGUGGAAGAACCCUUGAAGGGCGAGUGGUGCAAGACUCUGGGUGUUGAGGAUGGCGGUUGGUCAGCUCGCGGCCCAGGAGGUGCUCACAGGGGUAGCUGCUUCGAGGUUUAUGGCUUCGACAUUUUGGUCGAUAGAAACCUGAAGCCGUGGCUGUUGGAAGUGAACAUUUGCCCCUCGCUGUCUUCGGGCUCACCACUAGACAAGCGGAUCAAAACGAAGCUAGUUGCAGAUGUUCUCACCCUCGUUGGUGUUCAUCCACCAACAGCGCUGUGGAAACUCAGUCCAGACUCCGUUCACUGGCCGGCUUCUGGCGCAGCCUUUCCCGAUGAAAAUGAGGCAGCUGCAGGCUGCCUCCUUUCAGAGGAUGGAAUGGCGAAACGUGCUCUGAAACUUGCCUCUGAGAGCCCUGCAGAAGCACUCGCUCUUUUCGAUGAGGUUGCCUGGGAGCUCGUUGUGGAAACGCAUGAAGAGGAGAUGCGCUCUGGCGGGCUUGAGAUGGCCUUUCCUUGUCCAGGUGCUUCGAGGUAUGUGCAGUACUGGGGUGAAGAGUCGUACUGCAAUCUCGUUCUCCGGAAGUGGCAAGAAGCUGGAGGCGCGGCGAUUUUCCGCUCUAAGAAGCUGCCACCAUGGGUUCCGCGUCAGGUUUGUUUCAGGAAGACGUGAACUCCAACCCUCGUAGGCACGCACUUCAUCCAUCAGCAAAACCACCGCAAAAAUCUCAGGAAGUUUUGGAAAGAUUGACAUUUCGGACGUUUCGCAUCGCUUGACAUGGCUGAAGGAUUCUGGCACGUCAACGUGGCAGCCCUGCCAGCACAGCUUUCACCCGUUUCACCCUGGUGUGCUGACUCGCGUCGUCACUACCACGCCAGAUGUUGAAAAGGUCUCCAGUGCUCAGUACAGAGCUGUUUU